ACGCGUGAUACUCUGCCUUUUUCAAGUAACGAAAUUUUCAAGCCUUCUUUUAAUUUUCACUAUUUUCCUUUUAUCUUUCUAAUUUUAAUUUAGCCUUCUUCUCCAAUCUCCAUUUCUUAAUUUUCUCUCUCCUCUACAAAACAAUACACGUAUACCGACGAACAACCUAUAUAAACUGCAACUGCCAAAAUACUUGGCGGUGAAACCUCCGAUAUUUUCUCAUUUCUCAAAAAAAUCUGCGUUGGCGGAGAGAGAAACCUUGCGACGGAAUUAUGACGGUGAAUUCUUCGCCGAAAACCGCCAAUGGCGGCGCCGGAGAUAUACAAUGGAAGGUUAAACUCGGCGUUUGUGUGAUGGAAAAGAAGGUGAAAUGUGAUUUUGAGGCAUCUUCGGGUCCGAUGAAGCAGAUUCUGGAGAGAUUAGAUGCAUUUGGCGAAUUCGAGAUAAUACUUUUCGGCGACAAAGUUAUACUUGAAGAUCCGAUUGAGAGCUGGCCUUUGUGCGAUUGUCUUAUUGCUUUCUACUCGACUGGCUAUCCUCUUGAAAAAGUUGAGGCGUAUGCAGCUUUAAGGAAGCCCUAUCUAAUCAAUGAACUGGAGCCUCAACACCUGCUGCACGACAGAAGGAAGGUGUAUGAUCGUCUCGAGAUAUUUGGUAUUCCUGUUCCUAGAUAUGCUCUUGUGAAUAGAGAUUUUCCAUUUCAAGAAGUGGAUUAUUUUUUUGAAGAAGAUGAUUAUGUUGAAGUCCAUGGCGAGCGUUUCUCAAAGCCGUUUGUGGAAAAACCUGUUGAUGGUGAUAACCACAGCAUUAUGAUAUAUUAUCCUAGUUCUGCUGGUGGGGGCAUGAAGGAGCUAUUCCGGAAGGUUGGGAAUCGUUCCAGUGAGUUUCAUCCUGAUGUCCGAAAUGUGAGACGUGAUAGCUCCUAUAUAUAUGAAGAAUUUAUGCACACAGGUGGAACAGACGUUAAGGUGUACACAGUUGGCCCGCACUAUGCUCAUGCUGAAGCAAGGAAGUCUCCUGUGGUUGACGGUGUUGUAAUGAGAAAUCCCGAUGGAAAAGAAGUGAGGUAUCCUGUCCUUCUCACUCCUGCUGAAAAACAAAUGGCAAGAGAAGUCUGCAUUGCAUUUAGACAAGGGGUUUGUGGAUUUGAUUUGCUUCGAUGCGGGGGUCGCUCUUAUGUUUGCGAUGUAAAUGGAUGGAGUUUUGUUAAAAAUUCACACAAGUAUUAUGACGAUGCUGCUUGUGUAUUAAGGAAGAUGUUUCUAGAUGCAAAAGCUCCACAUCUUUCUACUACCAUUCCUCCAACUUUACCAUGGAAGGUCCAUGAGCCAGCAAAUGCUUCAGAAGGACUUACACGCCAGGGAAGUGGAAUCAUUGGAACAUUUGGGCAGUCAGAGGAGUUACGUUGUGUAAUUGCCGUACUUAGACAUGGUGAUAGAACUCCCAAACAGAAGGUGAAGUUGAAGGUCACUGAGGAAAAAUUGCUGAAUUUGAUGCUGAAGUACAAUGGAGGAAGGCCAAGAGCAGAGACAAAACUGAAAAGUGCAGUCCAGUUACAGGAUCUACUUGACGCCACCAGAGCUCUUGUACCUCGUUCCAGACCUGACAGAGAGAGUGAUAGUGAGGCAGAAGAUAUUGAACAUGCUGAAAAGCUCCGUCAAGUCAAAACAGUGCUGGAAGAGGGUGGCCAUUUCUCUGGUAUAUAUCGAAAGGUCCAACUAAAACCAUUGAAGUGGGAAAAAGUAUCCAAAAAUAAUGGUGAUGGUGAGGAAGAAAGACCUGUCGAAGCUUUAAUGGUCCUGAAAUAUGGAGGUGUUUUGACACAUGCUGGCAGAAAGCAGGCUGAAGAGCUUGGUCGGUAUUUUCGGAAUAAUAUGUAUCCAGGUGAAGGAACUGGUCUUCUCCGUCUCCACAGCACUUAUCGACACGAUCUGAAGAUAUACAGCUCUGAUGAAGGCCGUGUCCAGAUGUCAGCAGCUGCAUUUGCCAAAGGUUUACUGGAUUUAGAAGGGCAACUUACCCCAAUUCUUGUUUCACUUGUGAGUAAAGACUCCUCAAUGUUAGAUGGACUUGAUAAUGCUAGCAUUGAGAUGGAGCAGGCAAAGGCAAGGUUGAAUGAGAUUAUAACUUCAGGAGCACCAAAUUCUCACAAUAAUGGAACACCUGAAUUUCCAUGGAUGGUUGAUGGAGCUGGACUUCCUCCUAAUGCUUCUGAGUGCCUACCUAAAUUGGUGGAGUUAACUAAGAAGGUUACCGAACAAGUGAGGCAGCUUGCUAAAGAAGAAGAUGAAAAGCUUGCAGAAAAAAGCUCAUAUGAUGUCUUCCCUCCAUACGAUCAAGCUAAGGCCCUCGGAAAGACUAAUAUUGAUGUUGAUCGGAUUGCUGCUGGAUUACCUUGUGGCAAUGAGGGAUUUCUUCUGAUGUAUGCACGUUGGAGAAAACUAGAAAGAGACUUAUAUAACGAACGAAAAGCGAGAUAUGAUAUUACUCAAAUUCCAGAUGUCUACGAUUCGUGCAAAUAUGAUCUCUUACACAAUGCUCACCUCAAUCUUGAAGGCUUGGGCGAACUCUUUAAUGUUGCUAAGUCACUCGCAGAUGGUGUUAUUCCUAAUGAGUAUGGGAUCAAUCCCAAGCAGAAGCUGAAAAUUGGUUCAAAGAUUGCACGUCGUUUGUUGGGUAAAAUAUUGAUUGAUUUGAGGAACACUCGGGAAGAAGCUAUAAAUGUUGCUGAACUGAAGAGUAAUGAUACCCAGCCUGCUGAACUGAAGAGUAAUGAUGCCCAGCCUAUGAAAUCCAGCAAGAAAGAAGAUACUAACACUCGUUCUAAAACGCACUCAAAGAAUGAAGAUACAAGGAGAUCUAGUGCUACUGAUAUUUCAAUUGAUCACGAAGAUGAUGAUGAAAAAGAAACCGAAUAUCGCUUGGAUCCAAAGUAUGCAAAUGUAAGGACACCAGAACGGCAUGUUAAGACACGACUUUAUUUUACAUCGGAAUCUCAUAUUCAUUCCUUGAUGAAUGUCCUUCGCUAUUGUAACUUGGAUGAAUCAUUACAAGGAGAAGAGGGCCUUGUUUGUCUUAGUGCUCUGGAGCGGCUGUUCAAAACUAAGGAGCUUGAUUACAUGAGUUACAUAGUAUUGAGGAUGUUCGAGAACAUAGAGGUAGCUCAAGAUGACCCGAAAAGGUUCCGCAUUGAAUUGACAUUUAGUCGUGGUGCUGAUCUAUCACCCCUGGAGAAUAAAGACAGCGAAGCCAAUUGGUUGCAUCAGGAGCAUACUUUACCCAUCAUGGGUCCAGAGAGACUGCAAGAAGUAGGAUCUUGUUUGACGUUUGAGAAGAUGGAAGAUAUGUUCUGCCCAUUUGCAAUGCCUGCUGAAGAUUUCCCACCUCCCAUAACGCCCAUACCUUUCACCGGUUACUUCUCCAAGUCCUCUGCUGUUCUUGAGCGCCUUGUGAAUUUUUGGCCUUUUAAUAAGCACUCUCAUGCCAAUGGCAAGUGACCUUGUACUUGAUACAUCACCUCUACUGUAAAUAACAAUUUUGGCCCUGCUUUUGCUCUCAUCUCUUUAUUCAUAUUCUUUUGGUGCCCUUUUGUAUUUGUUAGAAGCAGAAUUUAGUACGUAAUAGAUUUCCUUACAGAAAUUACUUACGAUAUUUCAUAUUGUGGCUUUUAGGUAGUCUAUCUCAAUUUCUGAUUCACUUAACAACUUUAGAAAUUGAAAAAACUAAAUAUAUACUUGUAGUAUUAUUAUUUAGGUACCGUAUUCCAAUUUUUGAUUCAUUCUCUCU